CCCUAGGCACGAAGGCGCCUGUGCGUUCGUCAUCAGGGCGCCUCCGGAAUUGUCUGCUGGGAGUUAUGGAGACCCGGUGAGAGCCGGAGACCUGGCAACGAGGGCUGAGAGCUGCCAACGCCCACGCCGAAGCUGAGGGCCUACCAGCUAGCCCACAAGCUUCCCAGUGAUGCUCUGGUCUCUGCGUCCCAUGCUACCGUAGAAGUGCUGGGAUCACAGAUGUGUUCUACUGCGUCCAGCUCUCUGCAGGAUCUGGGGAUUGAACUCAGGACAGCAGGCUUGCACGAUGGUGAAGCUCUGACCUUCCCGCAGACCCAAUCCGGAGGCCCCAGCCAUCCCGUGUCUCACUGAGUUCAUCUGCCCAAUGGCCAUCCCCAAGUGCCCUCUGAGCCCCGUACUCUGGGAACAGGGCGGCUUCCUUCAGGUGAAGGUAAAAGAGGAGGAAGAAGCGGGCCUCUCCCUGAGCCAAGGAUCGAGCCCUAGCCCCACAGCCCAUCCUGAGGCUGCGCGCCUGCGCUUCCGGCACUUCCGCUAUGAGGAGGCCUCCAGCCCCCAUCAGGCGCUCGCACAGCUUCGAGAGCUAUGUUGCCAGUGGCUGAGGCCGGAGUCGUCCUCCAAAGAACAGAUGCUGGAGUUGCUGGUGCUGGAGCAGUUCCUGGGUGCCCUGCCCCCCGAGAUCCAGGCCUGGGUGGGGGCUCAGUGCCCAAGGAGUGGAAAGGAGGCUGCCGUUCUGGUGGAGGAUCUGACUCAACUGCUGGACAAGAGAGGCUGGGAGCCAGGAGUGGAGCGUGAAGAGGCAGGUGGCAAAGAGAGCGGUACAGAUGAGUUACAACCACCAGACAUGGCCACUGAACCACGCACAGGAGGUGUUUCCCCCAAAUCCACCGCUGCCCACACUUGUAAACCCGAGAGCCGCUCUGAGAGCCAGUCAGAGCUCCUAGGAGCACUCUGGAUGAAGUCCGCGGCCCAAGGGAUGAAUUUCAGAAAAGACCUGGAGCCUCACACAGAUGCCCUCAAGGACCAGCCUGGACAUGAGUCUGAUGCCUCAGGGAACAGUUCCAACACGUGGUCCAACCUCCCUUCCCAAGACAAGGCCUCUUCGGCGGAGAAAUUUGGCCCGUUGUAUGAUUAUGGGACAGUGCCUCCAGAUAUAUACUCGGGAAAGAAGCCCUCCAAGUACGGUGAAUGUAUGAGAACAUUCCAGAAUACUUCAGCCCUGGAAGCCCACCAGACGGGCCACUCUCAGAAGAUGCCCUAUGCCUGUAUUGAAUGUGGGAAGGCCUUCAGCCGGAGCACCCACCUGGCCCAACACCAGGUUGUCCACACAGGAGCAAAGCCCCAUGCGUGUAAAGAGUGUGGGAAAGCCUUCAGGCGGGUCACGCACCUGACGCAGCACCAGAGGAUCCACACUGGGGAGAAGCCCUACAAGUGCGAGGCGUGCGGGCGAGCCUUCAGUCGCAGCACCCACCUGACCCAGCACCAGCGGGUCCACACGGGGGAGCGGCCUUACGAGUGCGACCUGUGCGGCAAGGCCUUCAGCCAGAGCACCCACCUGACGCAGCACCAGCGCACGCACACUGGGGAGAAGCCCUACAGGUGUGAGGCGUGCGGGAGAGCCUUCAGCGACUGCUCCGCCCUGGUCCGCCACCUGAGGAUCCACUCUGGAGAGAAGCCCUAUCAGUGCAAGGAUUGCCCGAAGGCCUUCGCGCAGAGCUCCUCCCUCAUCGAGCACCAGCGGACUCACACGGGGAGAAGCCUUACAAGUGCAGCGACUGCGGGAAGGCCUUCAGCCGCAGCUCAGCUCUCAUGGUUCACCUAAAGAUCCACAUCACUGUGCUUCAGUGACCGCAAGUGCCACAGCCGGCCUCCCUCAGACGCUGGGCAUCUGAGAAACCCAGAAUCCCACAGGAACCAGGAACCCCGCUGGCUGAUAACUGUGGCACCCGUGUCUAAGGGCAGACUGGGGCCAUCUGGGAACACCUCUACAUGUGAGAUCCCAGGUGAAGUCCCCUAAUGACCACAGAGAUUCCGACCAAUUGGGGAAGCUUCUAGGAGCUUCCUACUGCCCUCUCUAUCUCACUCAGGCUGGUCCCAGAGAAAAGCCACCUGAGCUAAGGAUCUGUAUUGGUUCUUGGAACCAGAGAAAGUAAAGCUGGGUAUCUUAUCUGGGCUCAGGUGACCCAAGAUCCCCUAAGUGGGAAGACCCAAGCUUCAUGCUCUCACGUGGCUCCGGUUCUCGCCCGUUCCGGUACUGUUGAGCUCGGAAAGGGUGCCUGCCAGGCCCACUCUGUCUGUGCCUUCCUCCCUGCUUAAUGCACGCCUGACUCCGGGACAGACGUGGGAGGCCACGUCUCCUGAAGCCCUCUCCAUGCCAUCCUGCUCAUGUUUGCCCCGUUUUCCUCCACAGUAUCGCCUUCUCCUCCCACACCUUCCCUCCACACCUCAGGCUCCGCCCCGCGGAUUCACCUAGGCUCCUCUCUAACCCAGCCCCGCCCGCCCCAUGACCUUCUGUGAGCUCCCACCGCCUCCCACUGGAUUUCUGUCAGGGCCCUCCUUUCUCACCCCUCCUGCCUUCAUUCCGUCCCCACCCCCCAACUUUCUUCCUGCUGCAGCUCUUCUUGCUACCCGAGGCGCAGCGUGUCAUUCCGCGCGUGGCCGGAAGCUGGCCAGUGGGUCACCUUGUCAGCAGACUCCUGUUGCGUGAGGUACAGGCAUGCCAGGGCACAUGUCGCUUUGGCCCAAGCAGUUGCUCUAGUUCUCCUCAAGUGCGUGUGUGAACGUUUGUCUCUGUGGCAUCAGAGUGGUUUCUGAGCACCGGUCUGCAAACCACACGCCUUGCCUUGCCUCUGUUUGCUCCAGACCUGGCCUCCUCUCGCGUCUUCCGCUCCCGUCGCCUCCCUCCCACGUGCCGCCCGCCCGUCCUUUCCCUGGGACCCUGAUGCCCUGUCUCCUCCACGCUGCCCCAUGUCCUUGAGAGCUUCCCCGGCCGGCCGUGUGGACCUGACCUCAUCUUGCCUGGCACUCCCCUGCCGCUGUGGCGCCCCAGUCGUUAACUGUCUGAAGCCUCUCACCACGCCACGGUCCCGGCACUUCUCACAGAGACGACCCAAGGUGCACAGACCCUCUCCAGUGUCUCCAGGAUGAGCCACCAGUCCCUCCCUCCACCCAUGUUGUCUUCGUGAAGACAUAGCCCUGGCUGCUCUCAUGCAGUCAAACCAAAGCAUGGCUACGCUGACCCUUCCUUCCCUUGGGUCCGCAAGCCCGGGGUGCCACAGACGUAGGGGGUGCCAGCACUCCGCCAAUCCUAAAAGCAUAACCCGUUGACUCUGCCUACCUUCCUUUCCCUCAGAAAGACGAUCCCCUGGCCCCCGUGCCUCCUGCCUAACAUGGGUGACUUCACAAAGUCCUCAGUCAUGGGUCUACAGGAGCUCCUGUAUCUAGGUCCAUUAGCCUAAUAGAUUCUGUUCUCCUGAGCCUCCCGGGUCUCUGGUGGCCUCCGCUGAUCGACUGUCACGUACAUACAAGAACACAGACCACCAGGAGAGAGAGCUGCGCACUGGAGAGUUUCAAUAAAGGCGCUGAAAUGA